GUAACUACUCCCAUGUUUUGUUUUGUUUUUUAAUUUUUUGGCAAAUUAACAGCUGAACUUAUUUUUCUCCUAUUCUUUAAUUUUUUUCUGACCUUGACAGAAUCAAAAGGAAUAAAACGUUACAAUGGCGGCAGAGACAAUUAAUACUGGCAGCCAUAGGCUUUGCGACAGUGUAAUGAUUGACUUUACACAUAUAUUUUUUUCCAUUCCCCGCCCGGGGUCAACAGCCAAUGGCUUGUCAGAGGUUCUAUUUAAGACGCGGCAUGUUCAAGGUGGCUCAGAUAUCAGCGCUCUGCGCGCAACAGGACGCACAGGAUUAUUCCAAACAGGGGAAUAUCAGGAACUUCUGUGGGUGCAACAGCUGCCCGAUUCUUCCCCAGUGUUGAAGGACACAUUUUCUCUAACAGGAAUAAGCUGUGAAAGACAUGAAAGCUUGGCGAAUCCAGUUUCUGUGCUUUCUGGUCUUCGGUGCAGCUGUGCAGUAUGUGACGUCCGUGGAAGAGGAGCUCGCUGAUUCUAUUUUUGGUAACUUCCUGGAUCCUCUGAAUGACUUGUUUCAACACAAAGAUGGCAUCAACGAAACCAUCGCCAAGUUCUCUCUGCGCAAACCAUCUUAUCCGGAUGAUGACAUAUGCUACAUCAUUCCUGGGAAUCCUGACUCCCUCAACGCAUGCAGCUUUAACAGCACUUCAAAAACGUUCCUAGUGAUCCAUGGAUGGACGGUCAGUGGUAUGUUCGAGAGCUGGGUGUCCCAGCUGGUGGAGGCUCUGUACAACAGAGAACAAACAGCUAAUGUUAUCGUGGUGGAUUGGCUCUCAUCCGCGCAGAACCACUACGUGAUCGCGGCUCAGAAAACCAAAGCAGUUGGACGGGAGAUCGCUCGCUUCAUCGACUGGAUCGAGGAAACCACUCACCUGCCCCUUGAGAACAUCCACCUGAUUGGCUACAGCCUCGGCGCCCAUGUGGCAGGAUUUGCUGGCAGCCAUGCCACCAAUAAAGUUGGACGAAUAACUGGUUUGGACCCAGCUGGUCCAGACUUUGAGGGUGAACAUGAACACAAACGCCUCUCCCCGGAUGAUGCUUACUUUGUGGACGUCCUCCAUACCUUCACACGCGGCUCCUUGGGACUCAGCAUUGGUAUCCAGCAGCCUGUUGGUCAUGUGGACAUUUACCCCAACGGAGGAAGCUUCCAGCCUGGAUGUAACCUCAGAGGUGCACUGGAGAAGAUCGCAAACUUUGGGUUAUUUGCCAUCACUGAUGCGGUCAAGUGUGAACACGAGCGCUCCGUCCACCUGUUCAUCGACUCUCUGCUAAAUAAGCAGGAACCCGCCAAGGCCUACAGGUGCGGCAGCAACGACAUUUUCAACCGUGGCAUGUGUCUCAGCUGCCGCAAAGGCCGCUGCAACACAGUGGGCUAUGACAUCAGCAAGGUCCGCAAGGCACGCAAUGUGCAGAUGUACACCAGAACACGAGCGUCCAUGCCAUUCAGAGUUUACCACUAUCAGCUGAAGAUCCAUUUCUCCAGCAAGGUGAAUCGUUCAGAGAUGGAGCCUUCGCUUACAGUGUCACUGUAUGGAACGAAAGGAGAGACUGAAAACCUGCAGCUCAAACUGAAGGAGAAAAUUGCAACCAAUAAGACUCAUUCCUUCCUGCUGGUGACUGAGAAGGAUAUUGGUGACCUGCUGAUGUUGAAGUUUAAAUGGGAGGAGACCAACAGUUGGUCGGCCUCCAGCAUGUUGAAGAUGGUUUCCUCCUGGUGGUCUGGAGACUCGGAGAGCUCUGACAUGGAAGUUCACAAAAUCCGCAUCAGAGCCGGAGAGAGCCAGCAGAAACUGGUGUUCUGUGUCAAAGACCCUGAAGUUCACACCUUAACCCAGGAGAUCACAUUUGUCAGAUGUCAGGAUUCAUGGAAGAAAAACCCCAAAAGAGUUUCCCUGGAAAAGCACUGAGUUUGAAGAAAAAGUCCAAACGUUGAAAACCGUUGUCCUGGUUUUUAAGCACUAAUGAAAUAAUGUCUCUGUCUGUAACCGGUUUUAUUUGACGUCCUGUCCUUGGACAGAAAUGUCACACUGACGCUCGUUAUUAUUUAAGGUGAUCUGUGUGUAUAUACUAUGUAACAUUCUCUAACUAGCUUGUUGAACUUUGUAGGUGUCCCUGUCUUUGGUGGGCAGUUAUAUAGAUGAUAAUGGGUUCUUGGGUACCUAGGUUCCACUGUGGAACGUACUAUUGUAUGUUUGAGUAGUACUGUGAAGACAAACAUAAUGCUCUUCAGAUUUAGCACCAAAGUGCUAACGUUUGUUAUUUACCAUUGCAUUAACUGACCAUAGAUCCUUAAUGAGAAACAAACUACAGUAUGUGUCUGCACAGCUCAAAUCCUAAAUGUCAGGGUCUGAUUGACCCAGAUUAGGGUCACCUCGGGAGAGGGUGUAUUGUCUUUCAUGACCCUAUGACCCCAGGAUACAUCCUUGAGGACGUGUCUGUGAGACGAGCUUUGGAAGUUGGGCAGAAAUGUUUGUUGUGUUCCUCAGAGUGGAUUGAAAUGAAUGAAAGUCAAAGCAAAUGAGACAAUUAUCAGAAAACUAUUUCACACUAUCACAGUCUCAGUUACUGCUUUGUCUGCAGAACACAAUAGUUUAUUUUUUGCAAAUUCCAAUCACAUUUAGAUUAAAUACAAAGCAGUGGGUCGGGGGCUGAGGGGCAGCUUCACUUCUCCUUCCUCCUUGUGGCUACAGCCAUGUCCUACAUAUGGUCUAUGAAGUAAACAGAGCAUUCACCACUGUGACUUCAGCACAACAUGUGACUGUGGGAACUGUAUCACCGUGCCUUACUAUGAACUGGAGCUAAAAGUCCUGUUUGAUACGCACUUUUUUUGCUUUUAUUAUUAUUAUUAUUACUUUAUACCUAAAUUUUCACUGCAAAUGCAGAAAACAUGAAAAUCCGCAGCCUUGUUGCUGCUGCACUUCUGUACUGUAUGUUGGUACUCCGAAGCUGUUACCUCAAACAAGUACCUGAUGUGUUUUCUGUAAUAUGUUUUUCCUUCAUUGUGUCUAGAGAGAUAUUUAGUGCUCAGUACCAUGUGGAGCCGAAGGAUGCAGUUCAUUUCAAGUCUGAUUCAAUCCCAGCCUGUUAGAGGUGGGAACGCUGCACCUUUCUUCCAGCCACAUCUUUCUUUUUUAUUAUUAAAAAUGUGCAAAUAUCAAAUAAAGAUUUCUCUUUAGAUCAGUUUUGUUUUUGUUAUUAAAACAAAGACACAUUUAACAGGAGGGCUAGUGUUUAUUGUGUAUACAAUACAGUUUGAAUGAUUUUUUUGUAGCUUUGUUGUACUAUUGUCUUCUGCCGCUCAUUCAGUAAAAAUUGUCAAAGCAAUAUCCAAACCUCAGUUCUAAGAGAUCGGUACUGAAAUCAUUGUGAGCUCAUUUCCACCUGCACUGAGGGGAAAUGUUUUAUUUUUGCACUGGAACGAGGAGACAACCUUGCCUAACCAAGUUACUUGUACAGUGAACUUUUUUGUAAAUACCGUUAAAUAUUUUUCUAGUGAAUAAGUCUGUUUACUUUAUUGGUUUCAAGUUUAAACUGCUGUAAAAUAUGCAUUUCUAUAAUAAUCCCAUGUAAAUAAUUGUACAUAAUCCCUGUGUUGAGACGUUAAUAAACCAAAUCUCUAAAAAUGA